AUGGAUAUCAUUAACUGUGAACAUAAAUCGACUGAAAUCAUCGACUCUAUAUCAGUUUGCAAAGGUUGCGGAUGGUGCUCUUCCGAAAUAUUUGUGCCCGAUUCGCAUGAUUUAUACGAAGGUCGUACCCUUGUACCCAAAGCACUUGACGGUACAAGAAUCGAAAUUGGAGUUUGUAGGAGUAACCCUUCUGUUGAAAGGGUUAUUCAUCAGAUCACUUCUUCAUUGGGUUUGGAUUCUACUGAAACGAAGAUUAUAUCGUUAUACAAUAUGGUUGAAAAAAAAUUUCAAGUUGGUGAAGGUCAACUUUUACGUGUAGUAAUUGGAGCUUGUGCAUUAUUGGCAAUUAGAGAAGAAAAAAUACCGAAAACUAUGCGAGAAGUAGCAUUUACAUUAGGCGUAGAGUUACAACAACUUGCAAGCGUUGUGCAUAAGAUACGAAUGCAUUUUAUGCCUUCAGUUCCAAGUUUUAUAGAUAUUGAAAUAUUAGUUAAUAAAGCAAUAUAUGAAAUAUUCGAAAAUCAAGUUAAUAAAAUCAACUUGCCAAUUUACGUUGAUAUAAUGCAGUUAGAUCAUCUCAAACAAGAUGUUCAAACAUUCCGCAUACCGAGGGAUAAUUUUUAUUUUAGAGAUAAUAUUUCAUGUGAAGAAUUUCAAGAACAAAUUAUGAAAUGUUAUCGAAAAGUUUUUACAGAAUUAUGUACACAAAUACUCAAAUAUGCUAACGAGGAUAAUAUCGUUAGUGGAAAACAACCAUCCCCGGUCGGAGCAGCAAUUGUUUUAAUAGCGAUCGAAGCCACAGAGAAACCGAGUGCCGAAGAAUGGAAAAAUAAUCAUAAACGGGUAUCAGAAAUUAUCGGAAAGAAAUUUCAAGUUGAUUCACAUUUAGUAAUGAAUGAUAGAUAUAAAGAAAUUAUAGAUUUAAUACAUCACAAAGUCGUCGAUCUCCCCUGGAGCUAUUUAGCAAAAGAAAACAAGAAUAGAAGUUAUUUAUAUGUUGUUGAUUUGGUGCAAUUUCAUGAAUGGAUCUUAAAUUCUCGUGAAAAAGGGAAACGAAAACAACAUGUUUUAUUAAAUGAUGAAGAACUUGAAGAAUAUCUGCGAAAUGAUAAUGAGGUUGAGUUUGUCAAGAAUUCAUGGGUAAAUUCCGAGGGUCAAAAUGAAAAUGUUACUAAAAAAGCACCUAAAAAACGGAAACGAAUGCUUCGUGAAAUAGAUACUUCCCAACAACGAAAAAUUGAAGACCAAGUAUCGGAUUCACAAACCGAUACAUUCGAGAAUAAUGAAAUUGAUACACGUAAAAAACGAGCUAAAGUCGGUUCUAAAAAACGCGAAGGUUCACCAACACCAAUUGUACCAAAAAUCAACUUUGAUCCAAAUGCAAUAGAUAUGAAUUUAUUUAAUCAUAUAUAA